AUGGAGCAUUCUUAUUCUUCUCAUAUAUCACAACCAUUGCUUAGAUUUAGAGUUGUACAUGUGAAAGGUAUCGAUAGAAAUCCUACUGAGACUUUAGUUGAGGUAGUUUGCGCAAUAACUACAGUCAACGCCGAACUAGGUUUUUUCAAAAUACAGAGUUCAUUGGAUUUGAUUUUUGGGGCAGCUCUGCUAGAAAGCUUUAAUAGUUUCAAAAUAAGGAACGAAUGCUCUUCUGUAUUCGUGGUUAUCCAUUCAUCAAAUCAAGAUCUUGCUUCAAAGCCUGCCUUUGGUAUUUUGUCCCCUGGAAUUCAACAUAAUAUCUGGACACUAUAUAAGUUAGUGGAUGGUGCUCACAUAGAGGAGAGAAUAUUAAGAAACCAUAGUGGCAAUCCUUUACUACCCGAGACUCCAACAUCAUGCUAUCAUUUCCCCAAAAUAAAGAAAAGCGGCUUAGCAAUUAAGGUUUCUGCUUGUCGCCUUUCUUUAUGCAUGACCCCUCCUAGCAUCAAGUUAUCAGCAGGUUUGAAUUCUCCGUCAAAGCUUUCUCAAGUAGAUCCCCGUGCGUUCCUUUCAGAAAGGUAUUUCUCAACCCUCUACCAGAGCACAGUUCCCUUACAAUUUUUUGCUAAAACUGCCCUUCCCAGAGUACAUGUACUAUCCCAUUCAAAUAUUCAGUUAGCCCGCGAGACUAUCUCUUCAUUUAUCAUUCGUUCAAUGACAAGCCUCUAUCAGCGAUUUGACUUUUCUCCUUCAUCAUGUACGCCCUCAUUGAACCUAUUGAACGAUGAUGAACUAAGAUAUCGUGUUGAAUUCCUUCGUAAUUACUCCGGCAAAUCUGAAGACCAAUUUAGAGAGUCAUUGGACAAUCUCAGACUAAGAGAGGCCAAACUACAAAUAAUUCUUAGCCUAGAUUUGCUGAGGCUGCUGGAUUGUGGACGAGACAAUCAAAAGCCAACGCUCAGGAAAUUAAGGAUUACUUAUGCAAAACAAUCUUUGGUAGGUCGCAAGAAAAGGCUGAUACCCACACUAGUUGGAACGGCAAUUCCUGAUCACGCAAGGUUCACGACCGAUUUAAAAAAUAUUCUAGACAACUCAACAAAUGAGCUCACUUCGAAUCUCUUGAUGACAAACAUCAACGCUUUAAUGGACAAACUAUGUGUUCAUGAUGCUAUAAAGGGACUAUCACUGAUCGAAGAGGACUCAACCUAUAGAUUUUUGGUGAGCUCUGUUGCUCCAUUUUUCCAAAAAUAUCAUCCCAAACUACUUAGAGAGUUGAUUAAAAAAUCUAGAGGACCUUCAGCUUCUAGAAAAUCAGGAGACUCUCAUGAAGAACAUUCAAAGAGCAUUCAUUCUCCACCACCUAAGUACUCUGGGACUAGCCAAUCGGACACAUCAAUUCUUGGUGAUUCAUUAGUAUUUUCCAAUUUGAAGCUAAAACGGAAAGCGUCUAAUCUAGGAGUGACAAAGAAUUUAUCAAGAAAGACAUUUGAUAUGGUCAAAAGUACUUCAAUUACUCAACAACUGUCCACGUCGCAGGCCGGAAUUGAAUCACAGUCCCGAUUGCAAAUUCAAGCAAACUCAAGUAAUACACGCAUCAGCACGGUAUCUGCUUUUGAAACCUCUGCAAUUUUCAGUCAUAGAAAGCGAAACACUGCCUCAAAACAUAUUGACAACUCGGAAGGGCAAGCUAUCUCGUAUACGGAGGUGGAAGCCACACCGGUGAAAAAACCACGUGCUUCUCUCGAAAUUUUUGCAUCUCCCGAUGACCACACGACAACCGUAAAUGACGUCUCUCCAAUAAAGACUAGCAAGAUCUCCGAUACUCGCGUCACUGCUGCUCCCCUGAAAGUUCAUAAAGAGGCAAAUGAAAAUAUUGUACACACUAGUGAAAACACGCCAACAGCUUCAAUCACAUCAUGCACUGAGCAAACCUUACCCAUCGCUGAAACAUCAAUGGGCAAUUUUGCAAACGAGAUACCUGAAAACUUGGUACCAUAUAUAUCGCGCCAAUCAUGUCUUCUUCUACCUCCAUCAUCACCAAAAGACAAAUCAACCGCACAAGGUUUAUCAGAGACAUUGGAUGCUAAAGAGCACUCUAAUACUAAAAGAAAGCUCAUUUUCGACUGA